ACCAUUGGUAUAUAAAUGUGGCAGUUAGAUAAUGUGACAAAAUAUUUCCGCUUCAAAAUAAGCUGUCCUACAUAUUAAAGUAAUGACAAAUUUAAAUUUGAUGUCACAUCUCCAUCUACAAUGGUAUAUAAAGAAUACACUUUUUACCACACGUCGAUAUGUUAUAAGGGUAAAAUAAUUUAUUUUUGGCAUAAAACAUAUUCAGCUACAAUCCACCAAUAAAUUAAUGUCUAAUUACGCUAAAAACAAAAAUAAAAUGAGUUAAAUAUUAAAUAAGUCCAUAAGAGCUAAUGUAUUUGUAGCACCUAUUCGAACACUUGCGCCUCUAGCGGCGAUUGCUGAAAGUUGAAUUAGAGGUUGAAAAGUUAGCCCACAAACGAUGCAUUGCGUUUCCACUCCUUCUUACAGGUCUCCAUAGAGUGUACGUAAUCCGGGCCCUGUGGUAACCUUAGACAAGGAAAAAAGAGGUGGUAACACUUGCUUUGUCUUUAAAUAAUCAGCCACCUAAAUAGGUGGCUGUGAUGAAAGUCUUUCCCUUUUCUCUUACCUUAACCUUAAUCUGAAGAAGAUGAAGUCUGCUGUAGCUGUAGGUUAACCGUUGUUUGUUAGUUUAUUUUAUUUUUAUUGUUAUUUAUUUCAAUUUAAUAUGGAAUGUAAUGAGAAUAAUAAAGACUCUAGAAACCAAGAAGUAUUAACGGGUAUUAAAGAGGAAGGACUAAACAAUAUAGAAGUUAAAUUGGAACUAGAUAAAAACAGUUAUGGACAGGAAUCUGUAGAUGAGUAUUGUUCAAAUUCAGAUGAUAUUAAAAUAGAAAACCAUGAAUUCGUAGAUGUAUCUAAUGAAAUUAAAGCUGAAAUAAAAACAGAACUGGAGGACUAUAGUAUUGGUACUCCACCGGAUAUUACAAUUGAAGUUGCAAUUACUAAACCAUUCAAUGCUCCCAAAUUACAUUUGAAAACAUGUACUGGUAAAAGAUCAUAUGAAUGUGAAAUUUGUAGUAAAUUGUUUACUACAAAAGGUGCUCCACCGGAUAUUACAAUGGAAGUUGCAAUUACCAAACCAUUCAAUGCUCCUAAAUUACAUUUAAAGACAUGUACUGGUAAAAUAUCAUAUGAAUGUGAAAUUUGUAGUAAAUUGUUUACUACAAAAAGUAUUUUAAAGAUACAUAUGAGACGCCACACUGGUGAAACACCUUAUAAAUGUGAAAUUUGUAAUAAGCAGUUUACUCAAAUAAGUAAUUUAAAUACGCAUAUGACAGUUCACUCUGGAAAAAAAGCAUAUAAAUGUGAAAUUUGUAGUAAGCUGUUUACUUUCAAAAGUAGUUUAAAACAGCAUAUGAGACUUCACACUGAUGAAACACCUUAUAAAUGUGAAAUGUGUAAUAAGCAGUUUACCCAAACAGGUCAUUUAAAAGAGCAUAUGAGACUUCAUACUGAUGAAACACCUAUUUGUGAAAUUUGUAGUAAGCAGUUUACCCAAAUAGGUCAUUUAAAAGAGCAUAUGAGACUUCACACUGAUGAAACACCUAUUUGUGAAAUUUGUAGUAAGUUGUUUACUACAAAAAGUAGUUUAAAAAGGCAUAUGCGACUUCACACUGGUGAAACACCUUAUAAAUGUGAAAUUUGUAGUAAGCAGUUUACUCAAAUAGGCCAUUUAAACUCGCAUAUUAUGAGACUUCACACUGGUGAAAACCCUUAUAAAUGUGACAUUUGUAAUAAGCAGUUUACUCAACUAAAUAAUAUAAAUGAUCAGAUGGUGGUUCACACUGGUGAAAGGCCUUAUAAAUGUGAAAUUUGUAGUAAGCAGUUUACUUUAAAAGGUAAUUUAAAACAGCGUAUGAGACUUCACACUGAUGAAACACCUUAUAAAUGUGAAAUUUGUAGUAAGUUGUUUAAUACAAAAGGUAGUUUAAAGAUGCAUAUGAGACUUCACACUGGUGAAACUCCAUAUAAAUGUGAAAUUUGUAGGAAGCAGUUUACUCAAAAAGGUCAUUUAAUAGAGCAUAUGAGACUUCACACUGGUGAAACACCUUAUAAAUGUGAAAUUUGUAGUAAGUUGUUUAAUACAAAAGGCAAUUUAAAGGUACAUAUGAGACUUCACACUGGUGAAACACCAUAUAAAUGUGAAAUUUGUAGUAAGCAGUUUACUCAAAUAGGUCAUUUAAACUCGCAUAUGAGACUUCACACUGAUGAAACACCUUAUAAAUGUGAAAUUUGUAGUAAGUUGUUUACUACAAAAUGGAUUUUAAAGAUGCAUAUGAGACUUCACACUGGUGAAACACCAUAUAAAUGUGAAAUUUGUUGUAAGCAGUUUACCCAAAUAGGUCAUUUAAACUCGCAUAUGAGACUUCACACUGAUGAAACACCUUAUAAAUGUGAAAUAUGUAGUAAGUUGUUUACUACCAAUGGUAGCUUAAAGAGGCAUAUGAAAGUUCACACUGGUGAAACACCAUAUAAAUGUGAAAUCUGUAAUAAACAGUUUAACCAACUAAGUAAUUUAAAUACGCAUAUGAGAGUUCACUCAAAAACCGCAAAACCUUAUAAAUGUGAAAUUUGUGGUAAGCAGUUUAUUACAAGAAGUAAAUUAAAUAAUCAUAUGAGAAUUCAUCAUCAUCAUCCAGCUUCUUCUCUUGUCCACUGCAGGACAUAAGCCUCCUCAACACGUCUCCAGGAAGUUCGACGUUGUGCUAAUUGCAUCCAUCUACCAUCUAUUUUCGCGAAACUCAAUUUUAAUCUGGCAAUUCUUUCUAUGAUAUAUUGCACACUCUUUCUUUGUCAUAUUUCUAAAUUUCUCACUCGAUCCGCAAGUCUUAUUCCUAGAAUGGAUCUUUUUAUUUUUCUCUGCGCUUUUCUAAGCUUUAACACCCCUUGCUUUGGUUAAUGUUAGUGUUUCAGCUCCGUACGUAAUGCCUGGAAGAACACAUUAAUUGAAUGGUGGGCUACAACAAUGUUGUAAGCGACAGAAUCGAGAUUAUGCAGGAGAUGAAAAAAACACAUUGACAAGCCAUUUACGAACAUACGGAUACCAACAUUGCGGUACGAAAAACUCAGGGGAGGCAAAAUAUUAUUAGCCAGAUUGAAAGAUGCUCGCAUUGGUCCUUGGAUAUACAAUAAUAUUGCACUAAAACCUCACUUUGACCCAAUAUGUCGCUUACAACAUCGUUGUAGCCCACCAUUCAAUUGAAUACUUUCCUUUUAAGGCUUAAAGAAAUUUCACUGCUGAAUAUGUCUUUCAAUCUACCAUAUACUGCCCAGCCUUGACCAAUCCUUCUAUCUAUCUCUUGGGUCUGAUUGUCUCUAGAAAUUUUGAUGUCGUACCCGAGAUAUCGAUAUUGACUUAUUUCUUCUAUGAUAUUAUCUUGGAGUGUUAUUGAUCUUCCUAACACCAAGUUAGAUAUCAUUUUGGUUUUGUCUUAAUUUAUUUGCAAACCAACCUCUUCAGCUGCUUUCACAAGCUCUGUGAGCAUUUCGUUUGCUUCGUUGAUGUCGUCAGCGAUUAUUACAAUAUCAUCAGCGAACCGGAGUUUUUUGAGUUGCUUUCCGUCUAUGCGUAUUCCUUUGUUGGCCAGUCCAGUUUUUUAAACGCAUAUUAUAAGAAAGUCGUGAAAAGCUUCGGUGACAUUGUGUCUCCUUGUCUAACACCUCUCUCGAUUUUGAAAUGAGAAUCACACUGGUGAAACAACUUACGAAUGUGAAAUUUAGGUCAUUUAAAUACGCAAAAAAUCAUAUAAAUUACCCCAGGCUGUGAGUGAAAAAACGUGUUAUAAUUCAGGAGUUUUUGAAACCUAUUAGGAGUGUUGUAAAGGAUGAUUCAUACCAGAAAUAACUUCUACUAAAAUGUCGUUAAUUUGUUAUUGCAAAACAGCUUGCGAAAGUUCCAAAAUGAUCGUUUUUUGAAAUUGCAUUAUUUAUUGUAAAAAUAACUGUUUCUUAUUAUUUAAGGCUUUAAAAUAAAGAUCUUUCAAUUACAAACAAAAUUGUAAAGCUCGAUUGGUGAACUUGUUGCUUAAAUACUAUAAAUUGUUUAUCCCCAGAGGUCAAAUGUCGAAUGAUAUAACUUUAAGCCAAGUGCACAAUCGGGCUUUACAAUUUUUUUUAUGUUUGGAGUUGAAAUAUCUUAAUUUACAGCCUUAAAGAAUAAAACAAAGUUAUUUUUACAAUAAAUAAUGAAAUUGCAAAAAACGGCCAUUUUGGACCUUUCGCAGGCUGUUUUGCAAUAACAAAUUAUCGAAAUUAAAGUUGCCUUAGCUCAAAUUGUAGUUUUUUUUAAUAUACUACAACUACCUAUUUAAAAGUUUUUUUCUAAAAUAAAUAUCCUAAGCUGCAUUAUUAAAAAUCUUUAAAAAUGGCAAAUUUAACAAAUGAAAAACUUCAUAAAUAAAAAGCCGCACAAACUUUUUGGUUACAUUUUAGUAGAAGUUAACAACAAUUUAAUAAUAACACUCCUAGAGAAAUGUGGCGUACUCUAAAAUAUUAUAAAUUUAUACCUGACAAAAGAAUUGAGAUACCAAAUAAUUUAAAUAAUCCAGAUGAGAUAAACAAAUUUUUUAUUGAAUCAAUUCCACAAUCUGAACCAUCAGAAGAUGUUAAUUUUUUUUAUAAAACUAAUAAAAUUAUAGAUUCUACUUUUAACUUUCAUGAAAUUAAUGACCUGUUUGUUUACAAAGCAAUUUGUGACAUAAAAACUAAUUCUGUGGGAUGUGAUGGUUUAAAUGUUAAUUUGAUUAAACCAUGUUGUCCACAUAUAAUUUCCUAUAUUACUCAUAUUGUUAAUUUUUGCAUAACUAACUGUGUCGUUCCAACUUCCUGGAAAAAAGCAAUUAUUAAGGUUUUGCCUAAAAAGCAAAAUUCUGUUGAAUUUAAAGAUUUGCGACCAAUAAGUAUUUUGCCUACCCUGUCGAAAGUUUUAGAAAGAGCUUUGGAAACACAAAUUAAAGAUUAUUUACAUGUUAAUUCAUUACUUCCUUCUAUCCAGUCAGGCUUCCGUAAAGGAUAUAGUUGUACUACUGCUUUACUUCAUAUUACUGAUGAUAUUUUAAAAGGAGUAGAUCAAGGUGAGUACACAGUGUUAGUGUUAUUAGAUUUCAGUCAUGCAUUCGAUACCAUACAUUACGAUCUUAUGAUUAGCAUGCUAAAAUAUAUAGGAUUUUCUAAUAAUGCCAGUACUUUACUUGAACAGUAUCUCAAAUUCAGAGAGCAGCAAGUUUAUAUCAAUGGUGUAAAUUCAAACUUUCUAUUACUUAAAUCAGGUGUUCUACAAGGUUCCAUCCUUGGACCUUUAUUGUUUUCUAUAUAUACUUCUAAACUUUUAACCAAAAUUCGGAAUUGCAACGUGCACUUAUAUGCUGAUGAUACCCAAUUGUAUUUAAAUUUUAAGCCAGAUGAUGUGGAAAAUGCCUGCAAAAUUAUUAAUGACAAUCUAAAAGCAUUUAUUGAUUAUGCAACUGAGCACUGCCUGAUUAUUAAUCCAACGAAAUCAAAAGUAAUGCUAAGUAUUUGGUAAUAAGCAUCAUCAGCAAUAUUUGAUAAAUUCAAUUAACAUUUAUAUAAACAAUGAAAAACUUGAAGUUGUAAAUGCUGCAAAAAACUUAGGUGUUACUCUUGACUCCGAAUUAAGGUUUCAGAAACAUGUAAAUAUACUGAUACAACGCGCUUACUGCAAUAUUAAAAUGAUUUAUGGAAAUCGCCAUUUAUUUUCAAUUUAUAUGAAAAAACAGCUUUGUGAAACACUUGUAUUAUCAUUAUUUAAUUACGCGGAUGUAUUGUAUGGACCAAAUUUAACUCUAGUAUAUAAAAAUAAGAUCCAAAAAGUUCAAAAUUCGUGUCUUCGUUUAAUUUUUGGUAUAAGAAGGCGACAAAGAGUAUCGCAUAAAUUAAAAGAAAUUAAAUGGCUAAAUAUGGAGAAUAGAAGAAAACAUCAUUUUGUCACUCUUUGUCAUAAAGUAAUUGUAAAUAAAAAACCAUCUUACCUACAUCGAAAAAUAAAAUAUCACUCUGAUGUUCACAAUAUAAAUAUAAGAAAUAGGGGAUUGUUGACUAUUCCUCCUUUUUCAAGUGAGCUUUAUCGACGCUCUUAUAGUUAUCAAAUCAGAAGUUUAUAUAAUAAGAUUCCAUCUACAUUAAAAACAUGUAACAUACCAAAAUUUAAAUUCUUGCUUAAACGCCGUCUCCUAAACAUUCAAAAUUAAGGUGCCGUGAUUUUUUUUUCUCUUUUCUCAUAGCAAUAAAAAAGUAAGUGGGUCCGUCUUCCUUGUGAGGUGCAUUUUUUACUAUCUUACUGUUCAAUAUUGUAUUCUUUAUUACUGUUUUGUUAGAGCCAUAAGACUACUAUUACACUGGGGUUAAGUGGAAGAAUAUUUUUGUUGUGUCUUAGAACAGCAAAAAUAAACUUCGCCCUCUACUUUAGAGAAUGUACAGUUUGUUAUACUUAUUAUUUUUUGGAAAUAAAAGUCGGUUUAUUAUUA